CUUGAGGCAUGUUUAUAUAUCGAAGUUUUUGUAAUUGAGCCAGUGACUUUAAAUAAAAAAUAAACAUUAAAUUUUGCAGCUGCAACUACAUUAUUAAGCUACGGCCUUCAGGGUGGAUGGAUUUCACCUAUGGCGAAGGUGUUACAGUCUGAAUUGUCACCAACCGGUAAACCUUUGACAGUUACUGAAAUGUCGUGGGUCGCCAGUUCGAUGCCAAUAGCAGCAGUGUUCGGUGUAUCGAUAUACUCAUAUAUAGCAGAUGCAUAUGGUAGGAAAGUUGGAGUUAUAGCUAUGGCUGUUCCGCAGGCAUUGUGUUGGGUCAUAAAACUAGCAUCAAGCAAUACAAUGGCUCUUAUAAUAGCAAGAAUAUUUGCCGGAAUUCCAGCCGGAGGAUGCUUUAAUUUAACCCCUAUGUAUGUCAAGGAGAUAAGCCAGAAUAAUACAAGAGGCACUUUGGUAUCUCUUACAAUGAUGUUUUCAAACAUUGGUUUAUUGGCGAUGUAUUCCAUGGGAGCAUAUUUGGAAUAUCAUAUUAUAUUAUGGAUUGCUUUAAGUAUUUCUGCAAUCAGCUUAGCAUUAAUGUGGAUGGCUCCAGAAUCGCCGGCUUUUCUCGUGAAAAAAGGUAGAAUAGAGGAAGCUGCUGAAACUAUUGCUUUAUUAAGGGGAUUACAUAUUGACGAUAAAAUAGUUCAAACUGAACUUGAAGAAAUGAAGAAUGAAGAGGCUCAUUUCGUUACGAUGGAACGUAUAACGUUUAUGGGAAUCUUCAAAAACAAAGCAUGGCGCCGUGGCUUCAUAUUGUGUACAACACUAUUAGCAACAUUAGAUCUGAAUGGUUACUUUACCAUAUUCACGUACGCGUGGAGCAUCAUGACCGAAGCAGGAGUCACAGUCAAUCCCGAACUGCAAACACUUAGUAUUCCGGUGCUCAUGAUUAUUGGGUCGCUUCUGUCUAUGAUUUGUGUGGAGAAAUUGGGAAGGAAGUUUUUACUUGCUGGAGCUUAUAUUAUAUCGUCGUUAUCGAUAUGUUGCCUAGCUACAAUUCUGCUCCUGCAAAAGAACGAGAUAGUGGUGCCAAGCUGGAUGCCAGUGGUGGCAAUAGUCACCACUGUGUGGGCGUACGCCGCUGGAAUUUUACCAAUGACUUACGUAGUCAUGGCUGAAGUUUUUAAUUUCCAAGUUCGAGCUAAAUUGCUUGGUUGCAUUGUGACGCUCGGUUGGUUUAUUUCCUUUGUCCAAUUAUCACUUUAUGGUACAGUGUCUACAUUAGGCUUGCACACAAUCUUUUAUUUCUUCGCUACUACAAACCUCUUCGGAGCACUAACUUCUAUGUUAUUCCUUCCCGAAACAAAAGGCAGAAGCGUCGAAGAAAUUGAGCGUAUGUUACUUGGAAUAAAGGAAAAAUAGUUUAUUAAUUUUAAAUCAAUUUCAUAUUGUACUACUC